AUGUUGAUGUGAUGACACCAUGGAUGUGUUAUGACACAUGAAAGUCACCGGUGGAAACACUUCAGUAGUAAAUCACCGCAGGACGUGUUUUCAUUCUCCAGGCUGAAAACGACCGUGUGCUAAACAUGAGCACAGAUGGCAGGGAGCCUCGGUAGGUUAUUCAGAGGCUUUCAGAGCUUCACCUCUCUCCCAGCCACCAGGGCUCAACUCAGCCAUCCGCCUGCCUUUUUUUCGUCCAGGACUAUGGUGACACUACCAUCGUUCUUAUCUUCCAAGCCUCGGGACUUCAGCCUGCCUAACUCCUCGUGGGGCCCAGAAAUGUUGCGGUUGUAUGAGCUUUACAACAGCCAGUGUGAGGUGGAGACAGAGGGAGGAGAGAAACAAGAGGGGUCUUGGCAGAGACUGCCAAGCUACAAUCGCUCCCUCAAGUUUGCCACAGGUGGAGUGUAUCUUAGUAAGAUUAUCCAGUCCAAAGCUCGUCUUUUUACCCGCAACAUCAGAGAGCAGGGGGCUGCAUUUGAGUAUGUUCUGUUUAACAACAAAGAGGAGCAGAGGUGUGUGGGCAUUUUCCAGGCUGGACACCUACUGGAGGGGCCACCAGGACAUGUCCAUGGGGGGGCAAUAGCCACCAUGAUUGAUACUGUGACAGGGACUCACGCUACCAUACUCUCUGGACCUGUUAUGACUGCAAACCUCAACAUCAACUACCGCAGCCCCAUCCCACUGGGGAGUACAGUGUUGAUUGAAUCCUCUCUGGAUACGAAGGAAGGCAGAAAAACAUUCAUUUCAUGCAAAGUGACCAGCACCGACAGCUCCAAACUGCACACUGAAUCAACAGCUCUGUUCCUGUCAAUCAAUGUCAGCCACCUUCUACGGGGAGGGUGACACAAAUGCACCAGCCACCACAACCACCCGAACGCUGUCAGCAAGCUGAGGCUUCUGUGUGUGUGUGUGUGUGAAUGUGCGAACGUGUGAAUUUAUCAUUGGAUUGCAGUAUUUUUUCAGGGAUGUGUACUCAUUUGCCAGGUGUUUUGAGAGAUAACUUCUCUAAAUAUGAUUUUUUAAAUAACUCCUAAUAUUCACGCAUCUCUGAUUGUCAGUAUGUUAUUACUUCAUAACACAACUUUUACUCGAUUACCUCUGCUUAGUGUUACCAACACAUCAACAGUACAUAUCUAAACAGUAUUUAUGGAACUAAAUGUUAAGGGUUAUUUAUUGCAACUUAUACAGUAUUGAAGGAAUUAUGUAACACUAGGGCUUUUUAGAGUGAGAUUUUUGCUCUAAAUGUACUGACCAUGAAUAUUUUGUUACCUCCAAUAAAGCCUUACUGAAGGGUAUUGUUUAAA